GACCCUGAAGUCUCUGAGCCUGUAGCAGCUGAACUGCCUCAGAGCCUGCAUGCUGUUUCAUGUUCUACAAGCAAGCCUCAGCCCUCCAGCUGGUCUGAGACUUCGUUGUGGUGCCAACAUGAACAGAUACGCGGGGUGCCUGCCCCACGCCCCCACCCAGGAGCUGGUGGAGCCCCAGCCUCACGGAAACCCCCUCCAGGAAGACGUGGACAUGAGCAGUGGCUCCAGCGGAAAUGAAACCAGCGAAAACCACCCCACGCAGGGCAGCGAGGAGCUGGGGGUGCUGGGCGGGCCGCCCGUCGCCCACCAGGGCCCAGACGCCUUUGGCCUCCUGAUGGCGAAGUCCGAACACAGCACAACAGCGAGUGGCUGCAGCAGCGAGCAGUCUGCAAAAGCGGACACGCACAAGGAGCUGAUAAAAACACUGAAGGAGCUGAAGGUCCACCUCCCUGGAGACAAGAAGGCCAAAGGGAAGGCCAGCACGCUGGCGACCUUGAAGUAUGCACUGAGGAGUGUGAAGCAGGUGAAAGCCAGUGAGGAGUACUACCAGCUGCUCAUGUCCACCGAGAACCAGCCCUGCGGCGCCGGCGUGCCCUCCUACACCGUGGAGGCCAUCGAGGGGGUCACUUCCGAGUUCAUCGUGAAGAACGCAGGCAUGUUUGCCGCAGUGGUGUCGCUGGUCACCGGGAAGGUCCUGUACAUCUCUGACCAAGUUGCCUCCAUCUUUCACUGUAAAAGGGACGUCUUCCACGGCGCCAGGUUCGUGGAGUUCCUGGCGCCCCACGACGUCAGCGUCUUCCACGCGGCCACCACGCCUUACAAGCUCCCGCCCUGGAGCGUCUGCAGCGGGGCAGAUUCAUUUGCUCAAGAAUGCAUGGAGGAGAAAUCUUUCUUCUGCCGAGUCAGUGUCGGGAAGAGCCACGAGAGCGAGAUCCGCUACCAGCCCUUCCGCAUGACGCCUUACCUGGUCAAGGUGCGGGACGGGCAGGGCGCCGAGGGUCAGCUGUGCUGCGUGCUCCUGGCAGAGAGAGUGCACUCGGGCUACGAAGCCCCUCGCAUUCCUCCUGAAAAGAGAAUUUUUACGACCACGCACACACCGAAUUGCUUGUUCCAGGAUGUGGAUGAAAGGGCAGUCCCCCUCCUGGGCUACCUACCUCAGGACCUGAUCGAGACCCCCAUGCUCGUGCAGCUUCACCCCAGUGACAGGCCUUUGAUGCUCACCAUCCACAGAAAGAUCAUGCAGUCGGGCGGACAGCCCUUCGACUCUUCUCCCAUCCGGUUCCGUGCCCGGAACGGCGAGUACGUGACUCUGGACACCAGCUGGUCCAGCUUCAUCAACCCCUGGAGCAGAAAGAUCUCCUUCAUCAUUGGGAGACACAGAGUCAGGGUGGGCCCUCUGAACGAGGACGUGUUCUCGGCUCCGUCGUGCAUAGAGGAGAAGGGCCUGCACCCCGGGGUGCAGGAGCUCACGGAGCAGAUCCACCGGCUGCUGCUACAGCCCGUCCCCCACAGUGGCUCCAGCGGCUACGGGAGCCUGGGCAGCAACGGGUCCCAUGAGCCCCUCAUGAGCCAGACGUCCUCCAGCGACAGCAACGGCCACGAGGACUCGCGCCGGAGGAGGACGGAAAUCUGUAAAAAUGCUCCCGGCGUCAGGAACAAGAGUCCUUACCCUGGGGAGCCUGGAGAACCAGAGGAAACACGUGCUGCAGAGAUGCAGAGUACUUCCUGUGCUCAGAUGAAAGCUGUCCCCAUGGAAAAGGACAGUUCAGGCACCAGCCUGCCCGCGGGUGGCUUUCCCGAAGAGCCAGGCGGCAAGAGCCCGCCCGCCGGCUCCUACCAGCAGAUCAGCUGCCUGGACGGCGUCAUCAGGUAUCUGGAGGGAUGCAGUGAGGCUGCCACCCUCAAGAGGAAGUGUGAGUUCCCGGCCAACGUGGCGAUGCAGAAGACCAGUGAUAAGCGGAAGGCAGUGGCCGGCCCGGGGCCACAUUGCGCAGAGACGGCAUCGCCCUCCAAGGUGAACAGCCACGCAGAGGUCAGUGCACACUUGACCUCGCUGACCCUGCCUGGCAAGGCGGAGAGCGUGGUGUCCCUCACCAGCCAGUGCAGCUACAGCAGCACCAUCGUCCACGUGGGUGACAAGAAGCCACAGCCGGAGCUAGAGCUGGUGGAAGACGCCGCGAGUGGCCCCGAGUCCCUGGACGGCCGGCCCUGCGGCCUGGGCGCCGAGAAGGAGCCCCUCCGGACGCUGGGCCUCACCAAGGAGGUGCUGGCCGCUCACACCCAGAAGGAGGAGCAGAACUUCCUGCUCAAGUUCAAAGAGCUGCGGAAGCUCCACAUCUUCCAGUCUCGCUGCCACCAUUACUUACAAGAAAAGUCCAAGGGGCAGUGGAGCGAAAGAACCACCCCUGGACUAAGAAAUACCUCUGGAAUAGACUCAUCUUGGAAAAAAACCGGGAAGAACAGAAAACUGAAGUCCAAACGGGCCAAGCCUCGAGAUUCCUCCGAGAGCACCGGGUCUGGGGGACCGGCGCCCCACCGGCCCCCGCUGAUGGGCCUGAACGCCACAGCCUGGUCACCGUCGGACACGUCCCAGUCCAGCUGCCCCUCGACGCCCUUCCCUGCCUCUGUGCCAGCUUACUCCCUGCCUGUGUUUCCAGCCCCAGGAAUCGUGCCCACGCCGGGGCCAGUGGCGGCUGCGCCCAUGGCUCCUCAUGCUGGCUUCACGGUGCCCACCGUGCCCAUGGACACCCAGCACGAGUUUGCCAUCCAGCACCCGCCGUUCACUGUCCCCUUGGCCCCGGUCAUGGCGCUGGUGUUCCCCAACUAUUCCUUCCCCGCGGUGACCCCCAGCCUGCCCCAGGCCUUCUUCCCAGGCCAGCCUGACCUUCUGCCCGCGAUGAUCCCUGCCGCGCAACCUGAGCUCCCUGGUCGGACCUCCCCCCACAAACAGCCAUGCUCGUGUCCUCAGGCAGAGCACGGGCCACCGGCAUCUGGCACAGCCACCCCGGCCUCCCUGCCGUCCGCCUCUGGGCCCGCGGGCAGAGCCUCCCCUCCACUCUUCCAGUCCCGGGGCAGCUCACCUCUGCAGCUCAACCUCCUGCAGCUGGAGGAGGCCCCUGAGGGCAGCGCCGUGGCCACAGCAAUGGCAGCGUCCUCAGGCCCCGCGGGGGCAGGGCCAGACUGCAAACCUGGCGCGUCCCGGGACCGGCAGCCGAAGGCCUUGCCAAUUCGCGAGCCGCCCGCAGACGCGCCGAGCCCCGACGCCCUGUCCGCGUCCAGCGGCCUGCUCGACCUGCUGCUGCACGGGGACCUGUGCUCGGCCCUGUCCGGGAGCGGGGCCUCCGACUCGCUGGGCUGCGACACGGCUGGGAGCGGAGCAGGCAGUAGUGACACGAGUCAUACCAGCAAAUAUUUCGGGAGCGUCGACUCUUCAGAGAAUAAUCACAAAGCCACAGUGAAGCCGGACGUGGAAGAAAGCGAGCACUUCAUCAAGUACGUCCUCCAAGACCCCGUCUGGCUGCUGAUGGCCAACACGGAUGACAGCAUCAUGAUGACGUACCAGAUGCCUUCCCGGAAUUUGGAAGCAGUCUUAAAGGAAGAUAGGGAGAAGCUGCAGCCGCUGCUUAAGUCGCAGCCCAGGUUCACGGACAGCCAGACGCGGGAGCUGCAGGAGGCGCACCCAUGGCUGCGGGAAGGCCACCUGCCCGCCGCCGUGGAUGUCACCGGAUGUGUUUACUGUGAGGACACGGGACCGGACAACAUCUGUGUGCCACAUGAGGAGGAUGUGCCUACUCUGGGUCUCAGCGAAGCCAUGGACACCAAAGAGGAGGGCAGCGGAGCCCCCUUGACUCACAGAAGUGAAGAGCAGACCUAACUCUGUGCUGGCCCUGCCCCCGGCCCCCACGGCCCGUGAUCUGCGUGGUAGGUGGUGCUCGGAAGAGAGGGGGUUUCACCUCUGCUUGUCAUGAACUGGACACAUACCCUUAUGUGGCUUUUUUUCUUUUAGGGAAAAAACCCACAUAGUUUCCUGAAGGGGUGAUUUAAGACUGUGGAGGGUGGGAAGGGUCUGGGAGGAAAUGAAUUUUUAUAUUUAAAACAUAAAUACAGAGUUUGGGGGGCAGGCGGACAGAUUUUCAGUAUUGUUUAACCCGAGAAAGCCUGAAUCCCCUCUUUGCGCGAGUCCAGGCUCCCGGAAGUCCCUGGACUCGAGGAGGCUUCUCGACGCCCCCGUGGGUGUCGCCAGGCCUCUCGUGGGCUGCGGCAGACAGCGGGGAGCUUCCCUGGUGGGUGUUCUGGUCAGAUCACAUUCUGGCCUCUGGGGGCUAUUUAUCUAAAGUAUCAUUUAGUCAAACUAGAUGUUUUUAAAACAUGCCAGCUGGAGAUCACAGCCUCUCCUGAUUCUCUUGCAAAGUGUUUUGUGUUAAGUGCUGUGAAGCCGCCCUAGCACGGCAGCAGCUUCAACGUCAGGUCCUACAGCAGCAAACAUUUCAGUCUGGUGGAGCUUGUGUUUGGGGCAAACGGAGAGGAAAUGCUCGCUGGAACCGAAGAGGCCCGGCGGUUUGCACGCCCCCUCCACCAGCCUAGCACACACCCAGAGUCUCCUGUGUCUACAUCGUUCUAGUAUAUCCUUCUCAGACCAUGACCAAUAGGUCGGUAGAGUAUGUGGUUGAUUACAUCUGUGAUGACUUCGCUUUGCAGACCAAGCUUGGGUGGCCACGCAGGGAACUGUUAGUGUUGGUCCUUUGAUGGGAGCCUCCCAGACAGGAGGCCUGGCACACAGUAGCCUCUGACAUCGUGAGCCGGUGACCACGCCUGCGUUUUCCAGGUUGCCAUGAGCUCACCUCUCCCACGGCGCCCCUGACUGGGAUGCUGGCCCUCAUUCUUUCCAUGAGCCUGACCUCACUCGGGGCAGUUACGGUCUCUGCAGUGAUGUUCCCCAGUGUCACCAGCACUUCCAGGUCAGCGGGGCACCUGGGGAAGAGUGAGGCCAUCUUCUCACCGAACCUCAUGUUGCAUCAUGUAUCCCCAAGAUUAUUUGGGGAAAAGUUAUAUUGGUCCCUGGAAUGAAUGGAAACUUACCACAGGUUAAACAAUGAACUUAAAAUUGGACUGAGUUUGUAGAAACAGAAAAGAAAGCAGGCUUUCCCUUGUUGUCUGAUAGAGACGGGGCUACUGGAGUAUAAGCCUUCUUGUAAUCUGCUUGGUUCUCAGUCUUACGUUUGGAUAUUCAUCCCGUUUUCCAUAAACUCAAAUGCAAGAAUACUGUGGGUUGUUGUUUUUUUUAACUUAUAAAGUAACAUCACCUUCUCAUGAUGCCCAGAAUGAGGUAGUAGCCUGUGCGUAGGGGUGGAAAAUAGAAGCUACCAAACCCGUCUCCUGCUUCUGAAGUCUGAUCAUUAAGGGAUUAGAUGCUGGUCAAGGUGACAUGUGUGUUAUGUAAACAUACAGCUGUCCAGACGCUCUCCACUGCCCACUGCUGUCUACCACCGGCAUUAUGUUAUUGUAUGAUCUGCGCUCAUUGGCCAUGAACGGCGUAGCCUCCACACCUUCCAGAAAGUUGACAAUAGGAGCAUUUUGUGAAAUUGUUUACACGAUGCCGCGCGAGAUGUGUUUCCUUUAGUGUGCGUGCUUACACACGGGUUGUAAAAACUCUCUUGAUUUUAAACUGAGCCUUCUUUUUAAUCUGUUCCUCAACAGACAUGUAAAAAAGCUCUCAGUGUCUGUCUCAUGACUUGGUAAGCCUCGCCGGACAAGUGGUUUGUCCAUGCACAAACCAAACUUUCUUUGCCCAGUGCAAUAUGUAUGUUUACUGCUUGUGUCUUUUUAUGACUGUUUUGCUUUUUAGAAAAUUGGCAAAUAA